UCGGAGUAUUAAACUCCAGAUCUGUCAGCAGCUGAAAACAUUUGGAGCUUUUCAAACCAAACACUCGACGAAGGAGGCGCGAGGUGUGCGAACCCUCUGAGCCUCCUGAGGGAACAUUUGCCGUUAAAAUCACUGCAGCUUGUUCGCAGUCGUCUUACUAAAAUAAGGAAGGACUUCCCAGAUAAAAGAUCACCUCUUGUUGGUCCUCUUGUAUGUCAAAGCCUUACAGAGAGAAGAGCUGCUGCAGCAGGAUAGGAAACCUGCUGUUUUCAGUUUAAUAAAAAGGCUCUGAAGGACUUUUAAACCACAGAUUUCCUUUUUUGGUAUAUUUUGUCCCACCUCUGCAUGGAAGCAGGGCUUUAUCUUUGACGGCUGAAACCAGCUCAUCACAAACGGUGGGAGGUGAAACUCUGGGAUUCCUGAAUGUCGAUACUGAUGUGUGUUUAGAGACAGUUUGGCCUUUCCCAGAGUUCAUCGACCCUGAACAGCAGCAGACCUCAGACGAUCAGACCCGCUUCAAACCGCCGCGCUUCACAUCGCAGACACAACCUGAGCGACGUCUGCAGAGACACAAACCCUGGAGAAGGCCUCUCCACAACCUCCAAACCUGUGCCGACGGUGUUCCAGGUGUUCCGGGUGUGUGCGGGGACGCUGAGCAGAAUGGCGGUGGGCCUGCAGAUUGUGGGUCUGUUUCUGGGCGUGGUGUCCUGGUGUCUGCAGUCCAGCUGUACCUCCAACCAGGUGUGGAAGAUUAGGAGUCAGUCGGAGUCGGUUACCACCAGCCAGUGGCAGUUCGAGGGCCUGUGGAUGAGCUGUGCUGCCACCUCGAUGGGGUCCAUCCAGUGCAGCAAGUUCAAGACGGUGCUGGGACUGUCGGCUCACCUGCAGACCUGCAGGGCUCUGAUGAUCCUGUCCCUGCUCUUCGGUCUGACCUCCAUCAUCGUCUCCGUGCUGGGACUCAAAUGCACCAAACUCGGCAGAACACCCGAGCAGGUCAAAGCCAAGAUCGUCCUGAGUGGAGGGAUCCUCUUCAUCCUGUCGGGUCUCUUCACUCUGAUCGCCGUGUCCUGGUACGCUGCCAGAGUCAUCAACGACUUCUACGACCCGCUCUACGGAGGAGUCCGGUUCGAGCUGGGUACUGGUCUGUAUCUGGGCUGGGCAGCCGCUGGUCUGGCCAUACUGGGAGGCUCUAUGCUUUGCUGCUCCAGUAAGACUACUCCCUCCAGCCCACCUGCUCGGCAGUUUUCUUACUACUCCACCACCGGCCAAGGUCAGAGCAUCUACAGAGCAGCUCCGGCCUCAGACGCCAGCGGCUCCAAGGCUUACGUCUGAACCGACCGACCCCCACCGUCCUUUGUUAUGCUCGUGCUGUUUUCUGAAACAUGGAAUCACCUCAGAAUCACACUGCAAAUAAAAGGUCCACUGUGUGGCCAAGUAGUACCAAGUAUGUCCAAGAGAGG